AUGUCAGCGACCUUCCCCGGACUUGUCCACGACGCAGAGAUACGUCACGACGGAUCAAACAGCUACCGUCUCAUGCAGCUCGGGUGCCUGGAGUCCGUGGCCAACUCCUCGGUCGCCUACUCCUCCUCCUCCCCGCUCACCUACCCAGCGCCGGCGGGGACGGAGUUCGCCUCGCCCUAUUUCUCGGCCAACCACCAGUACACGCCCCUCCACCACCAGUCCUUCCACUACGAGUUCCAGCACUCCCACCCGGCCGUGGCCCCGGAGGCCUACGGGCUGAACUCGCUGCACUCGGGCCAGUACUACCAGCAGAUCCACCACGGAGAGCCCGCCGACUUCAUCAAUCUGCACAACGCGCGCUCGGCCCUCAAGUCCUCCUGCCUGGACGAGCAGCAGAGGCGCGAGCUUGGCUGCCUCGACGCUUACCGGCGCCAUGACCUGUCGCUGAUGACGUCACACGGCUCCCAGGCCUACGGCGUCGGUAUGCACCACCCGGACCAGAGGCUGCUGCCGGGCGCCGGUCUGGGUCUCCCUUCGUCUGCGUCAGACGACCUGCAGGGCUCCGUGGAAGCGCAGUGUGGGCUCGUGCUGAAUGGCCAAGGGGGCGUCAUCCGGAGAGGGGGGACAUGUGUGGUGAACCCUACAGAUUUGUUCUGCUCGGUACCGGGCCGACUGUCACUUCUCAGCUCAACCUCCAAGUACAAAGUCACCAUCGCAGAGGUGAAAAGAAGACUGUCCCCACCAGAGUGCCUCAACGCCUCCUUACUGGGCGGCAUACUGCGCAGAGCAAAGUCUAAGAAUGGAGGCCGGUGUCUUCGUGAGAAAUUAGACCGUCUAGGCCUCAACCUGCCUGCAGGACGGAGGAAAGCUGCCAACGUCACGCUGCUCACCUCCCUGGUGGAAGGUGAGGCGCUCCACCUGGCGAGGGACUUUGGCUACACCUGUGAGACAGAGUUUCCUAGUAAGGCAGUGGGGGAACAUUUGGCGAGGCAGCACAGUGAGCCGAAAGAAACCAGCGCACGCAAGAAAAUGGUUCUGGCUACAAAGCAAAUCUGUAAGGAGUUCCAGGACUUAUUGAGCCAAGAUCGUUCUCCUCUGGGCUCCUCCAGACCGACCCCAAUCUUGGACCUGGACAUCCAGAGACACCUCACACACUUCAGUCUGAUCACUCAUGGGUUCGGCACACCGGCGGUCUGCGCAGCUCUCAGCACCUUCCAGACAGUCCUGAGUGAGAUGCUCAACUACUUGGACAAAAACUCGAGCGGGAAAACAAGCGGACCCACCGACCAACAGAUCAACAACACCUCAGAAAAGACGCAGCUCCGGAAAACAGCCGAGCCCCAGAGCAAAGACGGGAAAACAGAAAAGACUGAGUAGCCCCCACCCACCCGGUCCCCGUGCCUUGGAGCGCUGCAUUUGGGAGUGUGUGUGUGGAUAUGUGUGUGUGUUCUCUCAGAAAGGAUUUGUUAAUUCCCAUGCAUUACUGUAUCUUCUUUGGGACAAUUCAUAUUUCUUGUCAUUUAUUUAUCUUAUGUUGAAAUGUAACACUAACCUGAACUGUCCCGAACAAGUCAUCCUGAUGUGUGUGUGGAAAUAACACAUCCUGUUUAGGGGUGGGUGAGUGUGAGUGUGGGUGUGUGUAUGCGUGUGUGAACACCUGUUAUUACAAGGAGGAGCCUCGCCAUGGAGACGGCUGAGGCUCAUCUAAGACUCUUUAUUUGUUAAUUUAUUAAUUCUGAAAACAGGAAGUAAACAUGGACAUGCUGGAAUCACAGUUUUCCAGGACAGGGGUGGUAACUGCCAACACAACAUAACACACGAUGAGGGUUUUGGGCAAUUUGAUCUCAAUCCAACUAAUUCAGAUGUGGAUUUUCUGCAACAAUAC